AUGGCCGAAACCUUCCUCUCACACCACCCUUAUGACCAAACAUUUCUCAGUGGAGAAGUCCAGGCACUGCUGGCGAUCACAGUCUCCAAUGUUGAGCUGCUAAAGCUGCUCUGUAUCUCCAUUCAACAGAUCACUGUGACUCCAGCACCCUCCUUAGAUUACACCCUCACCCCCCUCUCUGGUGACCAGUACACAUCCUGUCUGUGUGGCAAUGAGCGCAAGACCCUCAGCUGGACCAUGGCUCCCUCAGUCUUAGGAGUGGUGAAUGUGUCUGUGACCGCUGAAGCUGUGGCAUCCCAAGCUUCAUGUGACAAUGAGAUUGUUAGUGUGCCAGACAGAGGUCGUAUUGACGUGGUCACACGAUCUCUCAUCGUAAAGGCUGAGGGAACUGAGCUGACAAAGACCCACAACUGGCUGCUCUGUCCAAAAGGAGAAGCUUUGACAGAGGAAAUAAACAUACAACUACCUGAGAACAUGAUUGAAGGAUCUGCCCGUGCUUCACUUUCUGUCCUCGGUGACAUUCUGGGCCGAGCCCUGAAGAACCUGGAUGGGCUGCUGCAGAUGCCAUAUGGAUGUGGUGAGCAGAACAUGGCUCUUCUGGCCCCCAACAUUUACAUCCUCCAAUACCUGAAAGACACACAGCAGCUGACCCCGGCUAUCAAGGAAAAGGCUACCAACUUCCUGACUAGUGGCUACCAGAGACAGCUGAACUACAAACAUGACAGUGGUGCUUACAGCACAUUUGGAACAGGAGACGGGAACACUUGGCUGACUGCUUUUGUGCUGAGAUCUUUUGCCAAAGCACAGUCUUUCAUCUAUAUCGACCCAGAAAAGAUUGCAGAGUCUAAGACUUGGCUGGAAAGUAAACAACAAGAAAACGGCUGUUUUCUACAGUUGGGAAAACUCUUCAACAACAGAAUGAAGGGUGGUGUGUCCGAUGAAGUGACUCUCAGUGCUUACAUCACUGCUGCCUUCUUGGAGAUGAAUGUGUCUGCUCCAGUGGUGAAGAAGAGCCUGUCUUGCCUCAAAGAGUCCAUCAGUGACCUAAGCAACACCUACACCACAGCUCUGAUGGCGUACGUCUUCACCCUGGCAGGAGACAUGGAGACCCGUGCUCAUCUUCUGCAGCACCUAGACACAGUUUCAAUAAGCCAAGGAGGUUUGCUUCACUGGUCUCAGACAGCAACAGAAACAUCAGCCUCUCUGUCUGUGGAGAUCAGCUCCUAUGUGAUGUUGGCCAAACUCAGUGCCUCUCCUACUACUGAAGACCUGGGCUACACCACCCGCAUCGUCAGAUGGCUCACAGGACAGCAGAACUAUUAUGGAGGCUUCUCCUCCACACAGGAUACAGUGGUGGCUCUUCAGGCUCUGGCUCUCUACUCCACUCUGGUGUUCAGUCCGAAGGGUUCCAGCACAGUGACAGUCCAGUCUCCUAGUAGCCAGCUGACAUUUGAUGUAAAUCAGAACAACAAACUGCUCUACCAGGAGGUGCUGAAGGAUGUGACAGGAAAACACAGCCUGGAGGUGAAGGGUACCGCAUGUGCUUCAGUGCAGAUUUCUCUUCACUAUAACAUCCCAACUCCGACUGAGGUCACAAGCUUCAGUGUGAAGGUCAAACCAGAGGCCAACUGCGCUAACACAUCUUACAGACCCAAACUCUCUCUGAAGAUGCAGUCCGUAUAUAGUGGGAAGGAGACCAGCACAAACAUGGUGAUCCUGGACAUCAAAAUGCUCUCUGGAUUUGUCCCAAACCCAGAGUCUUUGAAGAGGCUCAAAGGUGACCUGCUGGUGGAUCGCGUUGAACAAAAGGAAGAUCAUGUCCUCGUGUACCUACAGGGGUUACCAAAGGACAUACCCAUCAACCACAGCUUAGAGCUCAUACAGGAGCUCCCAGUGCAGAACCUGAAGCCAGCCGUGGUCAAGAUCUAUGACUACUACCAGACAAGUGACCAGGCUGAGACAGAAUACACUUUCCCUUGUGUUGCAGCUUGAAGAGUGAUGAGUGUUCAGUCCUCACGUCGUUACUGAUUCCAGUAUAUUUUAAAAUAAAUUUUAUUAAAGACACUUGUAUGUAACUUGUGUAUUUCCAUGUCUCUUUCUGUAAACAUGCACCAACAGUUCACACUUUAAAUGAAAUUCAUGCACAAUAAAAUGAGGUGUCCCACUUCAAA